AUGUCGCAGCCCGUUAUCACUGUUCUUAUGGAUGAAGCAGCAUUGUACACUAACAUUUUCCAUCAGACCCGGUUGGCUGGACUCCUUGACAGUCUACGGGGUGUGCCUGCGUCCACUGAAUGGUACGUGGCUUACGAGCUGGACAACACCAACGAUUUGCCGCAAUCCUUGUAUAUGCAAAUGCAUGCACUAUCCAACGGCUUGGAAAACACUCUCACUUCUGAUGAGUACCCAGAUGGCAAAGCUAUUCGCCAGCGCUCAAGAACGUCGCGUGCCAUCGUCAACGUCCAAAUCCUGCCCAUCCCAGUCCAUCAAUUGGAGUUAUGGAACACCGAUCUCUGUAACGUCUACACGCUCUCGAUACAACUGUCCCUCCUGGCCCAAAAACUGCCGUAG